AUGGGGACUCAGCUGUCGGCGCUGAAGGUCGCACGGACCGAGGCGAUCGAGCGCGGGGGCUUCGCCCACAUUGAAACAGCUGAGGCCUCUGUGCUUCGCCAGGAGGAGAAGCGAGGCAAUGAAAAAAACAGAGAACCAUCUGCCUUCCAGGUUUGCAGUCGUUUGGUGCGGGGCUCGAUUCACAAGGACUACGACGUGUCUUGUCGGGUGGUGGGGCAGGGGGCGAGCGGCUUGCUUUACGCAGCGCGAAGCAGAUUGACUGGGCGCGAAUGCUGUGUGAAAUUUUUCCAGAAAGCAGGCGCAUGCAGGCCGUCCAGGACGGCGAUUCUGAAGAUUCGAAAUGAAGUAAAUGUCCGCGUCAGAGUGGACCAUCCCAACAUCGCCAGGCUGAUCGAAAUCUACGAAGACGAAAAACAGUUGGCCCUCGUGCUCGAGUACUGCCCCGGCGGGGACUUGUUCUCUCAUUUGUGUGACAGAGGCAGGUUCCCUGAACAGACUGCCCGUGUCAUUGUCCAGCAGAUGCUGGCCGUCCUCUGUUACCUUCAUGCCCAUGACGUUGUCCAUCGCGACCUGCGACUUGAAAAGUGGGUGCUAGCGACUCAACACGACGGCAGUGGAUUUCGUUUCCUCGCCGGCCCCGUGAAACUCGUCGACCUCGGAAAUGCCACUGUCUGGAGCAACAAGUCCAAAAAAAUGGACGUGACAUGCGGUGCGCUGGCUUACGCCUCUCCGGAUAUGCUCGUGGGCAGAUACACUCAAGCGUGUGACCUGUGGUCUCUUGGUGUGAUCGCCUACCGACUUCUUUCAGGGCAUUCUCCUUUCCAUGGACGGCAGCAGGCGCUUGUGUCGCAGAUUCUGUCGGGGGCGUACACAACGAACACCUUAGGAUGGAAGGGAGUCUCCAAGGAGGCGCGCGACUUCGUGGAGCGUCUCAUGGACGUCGACCCUGUCCGACGCAUGACGGUCAACGAGGCUCUAAACCACGUUUGGAUUGCUUCUCUCGAGUCAAAGAACGACGUCCCUCUCUCCCUCGACUUCCUUACCGCUGUCGAAAAAUUCGCGAGGUGCAGCAAACUCCGGCGGGCGAACCUGACGAUGAUGGCUUACUCGGUCACAUCUGAAGCAGCUGGAGGUCUCGAUAAGUUGUUCUUCGCAUUUUGCAAGUCGCCGAAAGCAACCCUCGGCCUCGACGAGUUCAUCUCCGCCAUGAAGACGCAGUUUCCAUUCCUUGACAUAGGCCAAGUGGUUAGGCUUUUCCAGGCCAUGGACUCUUCGUGUGAAAACGAGAUAUCGUACAACGACUUCUUGGCGGUGAUGCUGAAACCUCAACUGGAAAAGGAAGAAUUCCUCCUUCUGCACACUUUGCGCAAGUGGGACGCAGACCACUCGGGAUUUAUCUCUUUGGACGACUUGCGCGUUCUUCUUGGAGACCGUUACAGUAACGACGCUCUGGAGGAUAUGAUGCACGACUGUGACAUAAAUGGGGACGGCCACAUUGACUUUGAUGAGUUUAUUGAGGCGGUGCGCAACGAAGACGACUUCGAGUCUGACAGCCGAGAUGGCUAUGCCGACUUCCUAGCAUCACCAGCUGCAGGGCGCCGGGUAGCUAUAGACAAGGAGUUAAAAUGGUAA